UUGAAUGGUUAACUUCUUUGUACUAGUUGAAGAGUAAAGCAAACAACUUUAAAAAUAAAUUUUCCUUGUACUUUAAGUGUGGGCAUGUAGAAAAUGCUGUUCCUUCAUACACUUUUAAGCCAAGCCAUAUAUCCCACAAAACCCUUCAUUUCUUAAUCUAAUCUCCACAUAUAAAUUGUAACCCAAUGUUUGUAUGGAUUUACAUAAAUCAUUAGUGUUCAAACAACCAGAUCAAAGAAACACAUGGAUAAAUUAUUAUUCGCCAUUUACUUACUCGGUUUUCUGACUGUAGUUCAUGGAGUUGCAGGAAACAUGCUAUAUGACAAGUUCAGCAUAUUAGAGGAACUCGAAAGCUUUGAAGUAGAUGAAGAAAAUGAUGUGGAACUUUUUGACACCCCCUCGUGGACAAGUGAACGUGGUGGCAAGGUUCUUGUGAAUGUCGAUAGCUUUGGCGCAGCUGGAGAUGGAGUCUCCGAUGACACCCAGGCUUUUGUCAACGCUUGGAAGACUGCCUGUAGUACACCAAAAUCAGUUUUUCUUGUCCCCUCGGGACGCAGCUAUUUAGUAAAUGCAACAAAAUUUAAGGGGCCUUGCGAGGAAAAGUUGGUCAUACAGAUUGAUGGAACAAUAAUAGCACCUGAUGAGCCUGAUAACUGGGACCCAAAACUUCCACGAAUCUGGCUUGAUUUCUCUAAACUUAAUGGAGUCCUUUUCCAAGGGAAGGGAGUCAUUGAUGGCUCGGGCAGCAAAUGGUGGGCAUCAUCUUGCAAAAAGAACAAGACAAACCCGUGCAGGGGAGCACCAACAGCAUUAACUAUCGAUUCAAGCUCAUCUGUGAGGGUAAAAGGGUUGACCAUCCGAAACAGCCAACAAAUGAAUUUUGUGAUUGCGCGAUCAGCUUCUAUACGUGUCUCCAAAGUACUAGUCUCAGCUCCAGGGGACAGUCCCAACACUGAUGGAAUUCAUAUUACUGAUUCAACUAACGUUAUUCUACAAGACUGCAAAAUCGGAACAGGUGACGAUUGCAUCUCUAUUGUCAAUGGUAGCUCUGGCAUCAAGAUGAAGAGGAUUUUUUGCGGACCUGGACAUGGAGUUAGUAUUGGAAGUCUUGGAAAGGACAAUUCCACUGGAAUAGUCACCAAAGUGGUCUUGGAUACAGCAUUCCUGAAGGAGACUACCAAUGGCCUCAGGAUUAAGACUUGGCAGGGAGGCAAUGGUUAUGUCCGUGGGGUACGUUUUGAAAAUGUACAGAUGGACAAUGUUGCAAAUCCCAUUAUCAUAGAUCAGUUCUACUGUGAUUCCCCGAAGUCCUGCCAAAACCAGACAUCAGCUGUAAAAGUAAGCGAGAUCAUGUACCGGAACGUUACUGGAACUACAAAGAGCGCAAAAGCCAUGAACUUUGCAUGCAGCGACGCAGUUCCUUGCGAAAACAUAGUCCUCAGUAACGUCAACCUAGAGAAGAAAGACGGCACAGUAGAGACUUACUGCAACUCCGCCCAAGGCUUCGGAAUCGGUAUCGUUCAUCCUUCAGCUGACUGCCUAAUUUCGGAAGACAAACAUGUUUUUGAUGGGACCGAUACUGCGGAAGAAGACUAUGUUCCUGAUCUGACAGAAAUUGCAGAAUCUAGCAAUGAGCCUAUUGUUCAUACUGAGCUUUGACAAGCAACCAUAUUAUAGCAAUUAAUAUAGCAAUAUAGUACUAAAUUUGGCAAGUGGAAUGUAGUUCACUAGUGUAGCUAUACAACAAACUGCACUGAUACUAAUGGUUCAGUUCAUUAAAGAAAUCAUUGAAUGAAUGAUGCAGUUGAUAUUGAAAAAAAUUAUAAAGAUAAUGAGAUUGAUUACUAUUUUGGUUUAUAAAAUAAUGUGUUUUUUUCUUCCA